GCUCAUGCUGCUUGUUGAUUUAUCCUUUGAGAGCGCAAUUUGUUUACUUUCACAGUAUGUUUUCUUUGUGUGUGUGUGUGUGUGUGUGUGUGUGUGUGUGUUUGGAUGCUUUCUGGGUCUUCCAAGGAGCCUUGCCUCCAUUCUACAGAGCAAAGAAACGAGUCCAAAAAAAACAAAGAAUUGAUGUUACGUAAUAAUCAUGUGAAUGCUAUCUUUUUGUGUUUAGGGGUCAGCGGAGGACUGUGUACAUGCUGUUUUUCCUGAAAAUCAAGGCCAUGGAUUUGGUCUUUGAACUGUUCUAGUUCUCUUACAGCAAGAGCUAAACGCAAAAGUAGACAUAAAGAUUUCAGCUGGCCUUGUUGUUUUUAUCAGAAACCUGCGGGCAGCAGAUUGAGACACGUACAUUUUGCAUACAUCAUACACACUGCAUCACAUAAAAGGUUAUAAAUACAGUUUGUUUAAUUUUAAGAUAUAUGUUGUAAAAGAACAUAGCUAAUAAUCAGCAUGUUAUAAUUUAAUGCAUUAGCAGACAUUUUGUUUUGAGGACAGUGCUGCAUAUAUUUUAAUUAGAAGAACAAAUUAUUAAAAAUAAAAAUAUAUCCACUACUUGGGAUUGUCCUAAAUUUGUAAGAUUCAGUAAGAUUUUUUAAAUGUUUUUUUUUUUUUUUAAGAAUUCUCUCUUUUCACAAAGGCUGCAUUUAUUUGAUCAAAAACAGGCUACAGUAAGAGUGUAAUAUUGUCAGAUAUUAUUACAAUUUAAUACAUAUAUAUUUUUUAAACCUUUAAACUGUAAUUUCCUGUGAUGGCAAAUCUGAAUUUUCAGCAUCAUUACUCCAGUCUCGGUGUCACAUGACCCUUCAGAAAUCAUUCUAAUAUGCUGCUUUGGUGUUGACAGUUGUGCUGCUUAAUCAUUUUGUCGAAACCUUGAUACUUUUCCCCAGGGUUCUUUGAUGAAUAGAAAGUUUAAAUGAAGAAACUUUAUUUGAAAUAGAAAUCUUGUAACAUUACUGAACAAUUUAUGCACCCUUUCUGAGUUAAAAGAAUUUAUGUAUAUUUUAGCACACAGUUAGACAGUAUUACUAAGUCAGUAAAAAAUACUAAUAAUGUUCCCUUUUAAAAAGAGAAAUCAAAACUCAAUUACUCAAGCUUCCAAUGCGGCAUUUAAUGAAGAGCACCGACACCUACACACUUUCCAUUUCAGCUUUAAAUAGCUGCCAGUACAGAGAAAUGAUUAGGAUCAAACAGACUUGUUUGUCCCUUGUGAGCUGAACAAUAUUUCAUUCCCUUAUUUAACCUUUUGCAAAAAUCUUUCAACAAAUGUAAUCAAAUCUUUGAAGUAUAAUUUCCGAUGGGGAGAGCAUGUAAAAUGGUUUUAAAACACAUCACCUGUAAAAUCCAAAGUUUUGGCAAGUGAAUCAGGCGGUGACCUCCUAUCUCUUGUUUACCUGGUUGCCAUGACCUGCUCUGAAGAGUGACCGCCAAUAUCGACCUGGCUGUCUUUAAUUUGUUUACCUCCUUUUUUUUUUUUUUUUUUUGUAAAAGCCACAGACAGUGAAAGCAAGAUGGACACAGGAAGUCAGAGAUACAUCAGCGAGGGGAUGCAUUCAGGCUACUUGUGAUGGGGCUAAACUUUGAAAUCAGAGGACUGGUUUGAAUUUUGGUAAGGACUACAUAAAGGAGUUAAUAACUGAUUCUAGUCUUUUUAGUUUCCACGAGAAACAGUAUUCCAUGUGUCUAUUGCUCUAGUGGUUUAUAAUCAAGCAUUUCUUUCUAUUAUUAGUAGUUUCAGUUGAGUUUCCUGUCCUCUCUUUCCUGUUUAAUAGAAAAUGAUCUCACAUCAGACUUGACAUCUUGUACAGUUGCUCGUAUUUUAUCCUUCCUUAAGUGUAGUAAUAUUUAAGGCUACAAUAAGGCAUUUUUGUUAGAAUAGUAGUUUUAGAGACUGAAAAAAAGAAAGAGAUGAAAAAUAUAAAAAAGGUUAUUUUAAGAAAGAAAGAGAAGGAAAAGUAGCCUCACAUAUCUUAGAAAAACAUCACACUUUGUCCUUUCAGCUCAAGGCGGACUGGAGGAGAGAGGAAGGUUUUUUUUGUUUUGUUUUUUGGAGGAGUAGGCAGAACAGUGGGGCGGAAGCAAACAGAACAAGGGGGAGAGAGUUUGAGAAAGACAGUGGAAGGUAAAAAAAAAAGACUGAGCUUAAAAAAGACAGAAACGGUCUUUUGGUGGUUGCUUGUGAACAGAUAUUACCUUAAGUCAUGCUGGCUGCGUGUGUGUUUCUGGUGAUGUCUGGAGGGCAGAGAGAGGUUUCUGGUGCCAGGCAGCGACACAAGACCAGCCCGAGCCCGGAGAGAGAAGACCUGGAGGGACUUUCCUUACCACCCGCUGUCCAUAAACUCUCGCCUAUGUACCCUAAGGAGGAGCACAGUGCGGGGGGGAUCAGUUCCUCUGUCAACUAUCUUGAUGGAGCCUAUGAGUUCCCAAACCCCACACAGACCUACGGCACCUCAUCACCCACCGAGCCUGCCUCGGUCGGAUACUACCCGGCUCCCCCCGACCCCCAAGCGCCCCCUGCUGAAGAACAUCUGCAGACCUUAGGCACCGGAUCCGGCAGUCCUCUCAUGUUUGCACCCUCCAGCCCUCAGUUGUCCCCGUACCUGAACCAUCAUGGGGGACACCACUCGACCCACCAGGUGUCCUACUACCUGGACAGCCCUUCUAACACCGUCUACAGGUCCAGUGUUGUGUGUUCUCAGCAGGCAGGUGUUGGUUUGUGUGAGGAUCUGUGCAGUGCCACUGACAGACAGGAGUUGUACUCCGGAUCAAGAGGAGGGUUUGAUUCAGAGAAGGAGACGCGCUUCUGUGCAGUGUGCAGUGACUAUGCGUCUGGCUAUCAUUAUGGAGUGUGGUCCUGUGAGGGAUGCAAAGCUUUCUUCAAGAGAAGCAUUCAAGGUCACAAUGACUAUGUUUGUCCGGCAACCAACCAGUGCACUAUUGACAGAAACCGCAGGAAGAGCUGCCAAGCAUGCAGACUACGCAAGUGCUAUGAAGUAGGCAUGAUGAAAGGAGGUAUUCGUAAGGACCGGGGCCGCACUAUCAGGCGUGACAGGAGGAGGAGCGCUAAUGAAGAUCGUGUCAAGUGCUACAGUGAGCAGUCAAGCCACAACUGUCUGAGAACAGCUCCUCCGCAGGACAGGAGGAAGAAGAGCAGUGGUGGUGUGGUCAGCACUUUAUGCAUGCCUCCUGACCAGGUGCUGGUGUUGCUUCUGGGGGCAGAGCCGCCGGCCGUCUGCUCACGACAGAAACACAGCCGCCCGUACACCGAGAUCACCAUGAUGUCCCUGCUCACAAACAUGGCUGACAAAGAACUCGUCCACAUGAUCGCCUGGGCUAAGAAAGUACCAGGCUUCCAGGAUCUCUCUCUGCACGAUCAGGUUCAGUUGUUGGAGAGCUCUUGGCUGGAGGUGUUGAUGAUCGGCCUCAUAUGGAGGUCUAUUCAUUCACCUGGAAAACUCAUCUUUGCUCAGGAUCUCAUCCUCGAUAGGAGCGAAGGAGAAUGUGUUGAGGGGAUGGCUGAGAUUUUCGACAUGCUCUUGGCGACUGUGGCUCGCUUCCGUAGUCUCAAGCUCAAGCUGGAGGAGUUUGUAUGUCUCAAAGCCAUCAUACUUCUCAAUUCUGGUGCAUUUUCAUUCUGCUCCAGUCCAGUGGAGCCCUUGAUGGACAGCUUCAUGGUGCAGUGCAUGCUGGACAACAUCACUGAUGCCCUCAUUUACUGCAUCAGUAAAUCGGGUGCCUCGCUGCAGCUGCAGGCCCGCCGACAGGCCCAGCUCCUGCUGCUGCUCUCACACAUCAGACACAUGAGCAACAAAGGAAUGGAGCACUUAUACCGAAUGAAAUGUAAGAAUCGAGUCCCGCUGUAUGACCUUUUGUUGGAGAUGCUAGAUGCCCAGCGAUUCCAUUCUUCAGGAAAGGUGCAGCGAGCGUGGGCACAGAGUGAGAAAGACCCCCAGUCUACACCCACAACCAGCAGCAGCAGCCCCUCCAGAGGUCCUGGGACCAUGCUGUCCAACAUUGCCUGUACGACCAGAGUCCAGACCCCUGAGCUGUGUACAAUCCAGCAACUGAAGAAUGUGAAGACUGUGAAGCAGUCAGUGUUAAUCUGUCUAAUAGUGUUUGAAGGUGGAAUUGAAGUCUCUCCUUGUGCCUUAUCAAAGUCCACUUUAGAUUCUGGAAGACCCAUGUAGAAAUUAACCCGUUAAAAAUGAAAAGAAAAAAUGUGAAGAAAUUAAAAAAUGUGUUGUUGUUGAUGUGAAGAAAUUUAACCCCGUUAAAAAUGUAAAGACAUAUCUGUAGAAACGGACAGGUUAAGUCUUCAAAUAACUUAAACUUACUUAAAGGGUUAGUUCACCCAAUAAUGAAAAUUAGCCUGUGUUUUACCCUCAAAGCAUCCUAGGUGUAUAUGACUUUCUUCUUUCAGAUGAAUCCAAUCAGAGUUAUGUUAAAAUUUGUCCUGGCCCCUCCAAGCCAUACAAUAGGGUAAGCGGGUGCUUUUUGUCAAUGGUUCAGAAGACGUGAAAUAAAGUGCGCGCAUCUGCGUCAUCCGCCUGGACUGCUUCCGCAUAUGACAGUCAGCAGAAGUAACAAAAAAGUUUAUUAUGUUUGAAAUAUGGAUAUUUAUCUAACAAAAACACGUGGAUUCGCUACAGGAGACCUUUAUUCACCCCCUGGAGCCGUGUGAGGCACAUUUUAUUAUGGAUGCGUGCACUUUAUUUCACGUCUUCUAAACUGUUGACAAAAAGCACCCGCUUCCCCCUUUGAAAGGCUUG